GUCAUCGAGGGAGCGCUGGGGAGCGCUGAGCACUGCAAAGCUGGCCGAGCUCGUGUCGAUUCAUUCUCGAAAGUUCCGGAAGCUAGUAGAUGGAAGGUUUAUAUAUAUAUGGACGGCGAGGUUACGCGACAGUUUAGUGCAAUUUGGUACACGCGGUAGAGUGUCGAGGUUCGCUUGAACUUUUUUGGCAAUUGUUCUUCAUCAGUUGUCUAACUUGUGUGUUUUGUGCUAAACAAAUCAUAUAUACGUGCCCUCGAGGGAUAGAAUACGACGUGAGAUAAAAACGGACGACGAAGGAGAUGGGAAAGGACUAUUACAAAAUACUUGGCAUAGCCAAAGGAGCGAGCGAUGAGGAAAUAAAAAAAGCUUACAGAAAAUUAGCCUUGCGAUAUCAUCCUGACAAGAACAGAAGUCCCGGCGCCGAGGAGAAAUUUAAGGAAAUAGCCGAGGCGUAUGAGGUACUGUCGGACUCAAAGAAGAGAGAGGUCUUUGAUAAAUUCGGUGAGGAGGGUUUAAAAGGAGGCGCUUCGGCCGGCGGAGGUGGAGGAGGUACCACAUACACUUUCCAUGGCGAUCCUAGGGCGACAUUUGCACAAUUCUUCGGUUCAGCCAGCCCUUUCCACAAUCUGUUCGAGUUUGCUGGUAACCGCGGAGGAUUUGCCUUCCACGGCGACGACGACAUGGACAUUGACAUGGAUCCUUUCGGACUCGGCAGCAUGGGACCACCACGACAAGGUGGCGCUUUUAGAUCGCAUUCGUUUAACUUUGCCAAUCCGAACACUGGUAAAGGGACCGGCAAAGAUCGCGCUCAGGACCCGGCUAUUGAACACGAUUUAUACAUUAGCCUGGAGGAGAUUAUGCGAGGUUGCACCAAAAAGAUGAAGAUAUGCAGACGGGCCAUACAACCAGACGGUAGCACCAAAAAAGAGGACAAACUUCUCACUAUUAACGUAAAACCAGGCUGGAAAGCCGGCACUAAGAUCACUUUUCAGAAGGAAGGUGAUCAAUCGCCAAGAAGGGAACCCGCGGAUAUUGUUUUUAUCAUCAGGGACAAGCCGCAUCCAUUAUUUAGGAGAGAAGGCAGUGACAUUAGAUAUACGUGCAAAUUGAGCUUGAAGCAAGCUUUGUGCGGUACUGUCAUCGAAGUUCCUACAUUAACCGGCGAAAAGAUACCUUUGAAUCUGACGAGAGAGAUUAUCAAGCCUAAUACAGUCAAGAGGUUUCAAGGACACGGUCUACCUUUCCCCAAAGAACCGUCUCGUAAGGGCGAUCUUCUCGUGUCAUUUGACAUCAAAUUUCCUGAAACUUUAACGCAAAGCGCCAAGGAUAUAUUAUAUGACACGUUACCCAAUUGAGCUUGCAUUAUCGAUCGAAAAACGACAUGUAUAACGUAAAAAAUAUCAGCACAAUUUUACAUCUUUAAUCGGCUUGAUCGACAAAAGCGACAAAUACGUCUCAUGUACGUUCUAGUACAUGAAGAGAUGUCAAUGUAGACAAUGACGAUGUUAACUAUGAUAAUGAUGAAACUGCGACGGGAAAGGAUCAAGAACGAUUAAAUAUUUCCGCGAUUUGCUUUUAGAAGCGAAAUCAAAUAAAUAUGUAUUUUUUUCUUCAAUAUUAUAUUCAAUUUAGUUAAAAUUUAGUAACUUGAUGUCACAUAUAGCAUGAUUGGUCUUUAAUACAAUAGUUUGGUCAAUCCAACUAAAAACGUAAGAAGUAAACACUAUAAAUAUAAACAUAUUAAAUUAUAAAAUUACACUGUAGAAUGUUAUAUCGUUAAUUUGAUGUGGUUGUUGUCUGGAUCACUUUGUUUUCUUCAUUAUACAUAUUAGGCAUAUAUUCAUGUAUGCGUGAGUGUGUGUAUGCAUGUAUCUUAGAGGUAUAUAUGCGGUGUGUAUGUGAAAACUGUAAGAUAUAAUGUAAACGCAAUAUCAGAAAUUUCAUCCGUUUCAUUCAAAUGAAGAUCAUAUUUGUGACGUAUUUAGUACAUAAUUAUCAAGAACGAAAAAAAGGUGAAACAAAAAUUUCAGAUAUUGCAACGAAUCUUGUAGAUUAUUUUUGUCGUACAUAUACUAUCUAAUAAAAAGAAUUUUUGUUUACAUUAAAUAUUGCAAGACAAACUGACGAAUAUUAUAUUAGGCUCGUGAUUUUGAUAUCGAGCCAACGUCCCGUUGCGUAAUUGCUCCUAGGUUUCAUGAUUAAUUAUUUGUAUGCUAAAUAAUAUAAAAAAUAUUAAGUUAUA